UAUCAUUAUUAUUGAUCACAGAGAGAUGAUGAAAGAGCAGAAAAGCAGCACUCAAGUCUCCCAGACAGAAAUCCCCGAAAUCGAAUCCGAAGAGGAAGAAGAAGAAGAGGAAUACAGUAAAGAAAGUAAGAAAUGUGGAAAGAGAAGUGAUAAUGGAGUAGUAGUAAGCAUUAGCUCCAGCAAUAACAGCACAGUGGAAGGUGAUAACGUGAAGAAGACGACCAACUCAUCAUCCUCUGCAGGAAACGUGAGGCCGUACAAACGUUCCACUGUUCGGAGAUUACGAUGGACUCCUGAGCUCCAUCGCUGCUUUGUUCAUGCCGUUCAGAGACUUGGAGGGCAAGAUAAAGCUACGCCUAAGUUAGUUGCUGAAUUGAUGAAUGUUAAAGGCAUUAACAUAUCUCAUGUCAAGAGCCACCUUCAGAUGUACAGAAGUAAGAAGGCAUAUGAACCUAACCAAGCUACGUGCGAUGGAGGGUUUCUUCUUGAUAAUGAAGAUCACCAUGUUUACAACUUCAGCCAUUUCCAUAGGCUACAUGGGUUUAAUCAAACACCAACUCCCAUUUUAAGAUCUGAAGAUGGUGUAAUAAAGAUUGCUGGAGCUAAUUAUGUAUAUACGAAAGUGGCAGCUUCCAAUAUACUGAGGGGUAGUGGGUUCCAUGGUCAAAACAACAUCACUAAUUAUUCUCUCAUCAGUUCGGAUUUUCCCAUGAUGUUCACACAAAGAUUCUCAUCUGCAGAUGAGACAAUGAGUACACCCACUCCAUCGUCUUCAACCAAUCUGCAACAACUACACAGACACAGAACUACUGAUGAAGGAGGAGAGAGAAUGGGCAGAAUAAUAAAGAAAAGGAAAUUUGCAGAAGUGAAUAAUCUUGAUUUGAAUUUAUCCUUAAAUUCGAGGAUUAAUGAUGAGCAGAGAUUGAAGUACGAGGAUAGUAAUCAUAGUACUAAACUGUGUCUUUCCUUGUAUUCAUCAGAGGGAAAUCAUCAUCAUGGGAUAAGAAGAAGAAGAAGAAGAAAGCAGGAAGAAGGAACAGGAAUGGGUGGCAGUAGUAGUUGUAGUUUAGAUCUGAGUUUGUGAUUAACUAAGAAAUUAGAUCAUAUAACAAUUUCAGGCAUAUUUAUUUUUGAUAUUUAUGAAGAUAUAUAAUAGAGAUCGAAUGUUGGAUCGUC